AAGUACGUAGUUUAGCUACAUUUGUGUCGAUUAAAAAGGGAACCUUUUAACCUAUUUCCGGUUUUGUUUCAUCCUUGUAUUUUAUUAGCCGUGCUGGACGUUAACUAAGGAAGUAAACAAAAGUUCGGACUAGCUUCACGUUUCUGCUUUUCUGCUCCGAAAAUGUCUGCAACUACCCCGAGACAGACGUUUUUAAACCCGGCGAUCCCAUUCACUGGGACCAUCCUGGGCGGUCUGUUGCCGGGGGAGAUGGUUCUCAUUCAGGGCUCGGUGCCGUCUGAUGCCGACAGGUUCCAGGUAGACUUUACGUGUGGUAGCAGCGUGAAGCCGCGUGCCGACGUGGCGUUUCACUUCAACCCGCGGUUCAAGAGGUCGCCGUAUGUGGUGUGCAACUCGCUGCAGAGCGAGCGCUGGGGCCGAGAGGAGAUCCUGUACGCCAAACCCUGCGCCGUCGGGGAGAAGUUCGAACUCCUCGUCCUCGUCCUCAAAGACACCUUCAAGGUGGCGGUGAACGGAGCUCAUGUUCUGGAGUAUAAACAGCGCGUGGAGCUGGAGCGAGUCGACACGCUGUACAUCUCUGGAAAGGUCCACGUGGAAGCUGUGGGCAUCCUGCCCAGCACCGUGGAAGUUGUGUCCACAGUCAGUGUGACCAAUCAAGAACAACCACAGAUGAGUCAGAAACUGCAGACGAGUAUUCCCUUCAAAGGACAGCUGGAUGAAGGGCUGACUGCUGGACGCAGCAUCACUAUUAAAGGAGUAGCCAAUCACAACGCUCAGAGUGUGUCUGUGAACCUGCGAGUGUCCGGCGGUGACAUCGCUCUUCAUCUCAACCCCCGGCUGAAGAAGGAGCUCUUCGUCAGGAACUCCUUCAUCUCCGGCUGCUGGGGCCAAGAGGAGACCCAGCUGGACGCCUUCCCCUUCACAGCGGGGGGGUACUUUGAGAUGAUCAUCCUGUGUGAGUCUCAGCUGUUCCGUGUGGCCGUUAACGGGCAGCACCAGCUGGACUACAAGCACCGCGUCCCGGACCUGAGACGCAUCACACAGCUGGAGGUGCUGGGGGACGCCACGCUGCACGCCGUCAACCUCCUCUGAACCCUCCACGCUGCACGCCACGCUGCACGCCGUCCACCUCCUCUGAACCCUCCACGCUGCACGCCGUCAACCUCCUCUGAUGGAGCAGUGGAUAUGACCCAUGCCUUUGGUGUGGGAGACGUGGGUUAGAUUCCCACUGUGAUCCAUCAACCAAUGUGUCCCUGAGCAAGGCACUAAACCCAUAGUUACUCCAGAGACGUGUGACCUCUGACAUAUAUAGACAUUGAAAAUCACUAAUGUAAUAAUACAUGUAAUGUAACCCUGUCUCUCUCUGUCUAUCUGUCUUUCUAUCUAUCUGUCUCUUUAUCUGUCUGUCUGUCUCUUUAUCUGUCUGUCUGUCUCUUUAUCUG